GAGUGACAGAAGGAGGGGCAAGUGUGGCUCUGGUGGGGGGGGUUGGCGUUGUAGGGGGGGCUAUCCCUUGAGACUGGAGAAGUGAUACUCACAGGAGUGAGGGGAUGCCAGGGAUGGACUUCAAGUGAAGGGGGAACGAGAAGAAAAGAAAUCAAGCUUAAAGCUCGACGAGCCACCACCAUGGCGAGCCUCCCCCAAGAACCGACUCAAGACCUCGCCAAGCGCAGCUUCUGGAUGCCUGGGAAUUAUGUACCCACGGUGCACAGAACCCAGCAGUCCUACCGGGCGUGCAACGACCUCGUGGCCUGCUUCACGGAGAGGGCCGGCGUCGAAAGGCAGUACGCCCAGCAGCUCAGCCAAUGGAGCAGCAAGUGGAAGGCCAUCAUGGAUUCUCGGCCGCUGUACGGUUCGCUGAUGACGGCCUGGCAGAGCUUCUUCACCUCCACCGAGCGCCUGUCCGCCCUCCACUCGUCCAUCUCGCAGUCUCUCGUGGCAGAGGAAGGCCCGCGGGUCAAGACCUGGCAGAGGGAGACCUUUCCCAAGAAACUCUUCUGCGGCUUCCGGGAAAGCUACGACAACAACGCCAGUUUUUCACGUGUGCAGAAACCAUGGAACAAGAAGCUGACCAAGCUGGAGAAGGCCCGGGCCAUGUACCACAAGUGCUGCCAGAAGGAGCAGAGUGCCAUGGACAAAGAGAAACGAGCUAACGACGCUGAAAAUUGGAGUGCAGAGAAAAAGCAGAAGGUGACGGAGGCCAGAGAAUUGGCCACAGACGCUAAAGAAAAGGCUCGGGAGCGCUACGAGAAACUCCUGGAGGACGUCACGAGCUACACGCCGCGCUACAUGGAGGAGAUGGAGGUCGUAUUCGAGCAGUCGCAGGAGGAGGAGAGGAAACGCAUCAGCUUCUUGAAGCAGGCCUUCCUGUCCAUCCACAGACACCUCGAUGUCACCAACAACGACAGUGUAAAGGAAGUUUACAAUCAACUCCAUCAAACUCUGAUGGCCAUCAACGAGGAGGAGGACCUCAAAUGGUGGAAGAACAAUCACGGGCCCGGCAUGCUCACCGACUGGCCGAAGAUCCAGGAGUGGGUCCCGCCGGUAAAAAAGCUGAAAAGAAAGAAGAGAGAGCAGAAAGGCAAAGAAGGCCGACCAGUGAUGAUCGGAGGCGUGAAGGUUCGAGCUCUGUAUGACUACACGGGGGAGGAGGGCGAUGAGCUCUCCUUUAAAGCAGGUGAGGAGUUCCUGAAGGUCGAGGAAGAGGACGACCAGGGCUGGUGCCGGGGGGUCCUGAGCGGAGGGAAGGAGGGCUUCUACCCGGCCAAUUAUGUCCAACUCGUCCAGUGACGUCACUCUUCCUGAACUAUUGUGUCCUGAAAGUCUUGUCGCGCGCGCACACGCUCAAAAUAGCUUCGCUUUCAAAUGAACAGAGAGAACGUGGAACACUUUCGGCGAA